UUAAGUUACCGACCGAUGAUUUAAAAUUCAUUAUUACUUCUUACUACUAAUAGAGUACAUUACUUUAAUCGAAUUGUUUUGUAAUUAAUCUUCCCUAAUGGAGGAAAUAGAGUACAUUAGUUUAAUCGAGUGGUUCUGCCAUCAAUUUUACUACAAUGGCAUGUUACUCUAUUGCAAAGAAGCAUGCGAGGUGUAUCCGACAAACGAAUACUUGAGAAUUCUUCUAAGUCUUGCGUACGUACUGACUGGAAAGAUACAAGAGGCGAUCAAAGAAAGUUCAAGCUUAAUGAAUAAUGCAGAUACCACGCUGGCAGCGUUGCUUCUUCAGAAUAUUGCAUACACAAAAGCCGAGAAUGUUGAGAAAACCACUAUUAUACAGAUUGAAACGAGAAUUAGAGACGAAAGACGAAAAUCGUCUGCGAAUGCAUUGUCUUUAGCAGCUUCAAUGUUGCUUUUGUCCCAGAAAGUUGACAAAGCUAAAGAUUACGUGGAGAGAGCUUACAAGUUUGAUCCAUCCAAUAAAAAUGUUUUGUUAACAAAAGGUUGGGUAGAAUUGUUCGCCGUAAAUGAGGAAAACUUGAGCGAGACCAACUUGUUUGAUGUUGUUCUGCAACAACAAGAUUCGAAGAACGUAAAUGCUUUGCUUGGAUCUGCUAGGUACAAGCAACGGCAGGGUGAUUACGCAGGAGCGAUAUUAACGUUGAAUUCGUUGAUUGUACGAUAUCCCAAGUUAUGUUUACCCUUGGUAGAAAAAUUAUGUAAUCAACUCGCACUGAAAGAUUGGGAUCAAGUUUUGGAGACUGCUAAUAGAAUAGUGUCAAUCGACUCGAACAACUUGGAUGCGAUAAAAGCACACGCAUUUGUAAACAUUUGCAGAGAUGGGAAUUACAACGAAGGACUGAAACAUUUACAGUCAUUUUUCAGAAAUAUGAUAAUUAUAGAAACAAAGAACGUUACGGUUUUGGUGAACAAUAUUCAAUUAUUUUCACGAAUAGCUUGCAAACAUCAAGGAAUUUUAUUGGAGCUAUCUAGGAUCGUUGAAAAGGCAUUGCAACAGAAUACGAAAAGUGCAGAUCUCAUGGUGGAAUUAGGGAACUUGUACGUUUCGCUGGAUAAAGUGAAAGAUGCAGAAAAUUGGUACAGAAGCGCUGUUAGAAUAAACGAGUCGUCAUUUGCCGCUCUAAUGGGACUAGCUCAUUGUCAGCUUUUAGACACUUCGGUUGACGCCUUGGAUUUGGCGCAGCAGCAAAUAGACUUUCUGCUGGAGGUACAAUCUAAUUCAGUGGACGCGGAAUUGUUUUUCAUGUCCGCCAAAUUAAAAUCCAAUGAUUCCAUCAGAGUCCUGAAUUACUUGAACAGUGCAGCCACAAUCAUACUGAACAACUGUAAAUACGUUCCAUACGGUUACGAUUAUAUGAAGAAAUUAAAUCCGGAUUUAUGUUUAGAAAUUUCCAAACAACGUUUGGUUUAUCCCAUUACAAAUGACACGACAAGCUUGGAAGAAAAGGCAUCCAAUUACAAAGAGCCGAGUUUGUAUUUGUUGGAGCAGUUAUCAGAAGCAUACCCUGGUCUGAGUGUGGCACAGUUAUUGCUGAGUAAAGCUAAAAUGCAGAGUGGAGAUUUAGAAGAAGCUUCGUCCAUACUAAGAAAUCUUCUAGACAACGUUGAUUCGUCCAAUGCGCAAGCUCAUUUGCUGAUGGCUCAGAUUCUAGCUCGCCAAGGGAAUUACCAGUCUGCCUCGCAAAGUCUCGAAGUUGGUUUAAGUUACAAUUUCAAGAUCAGAGACAAUCCAAUUUAUCACUUGAUUACUGGUAUGGUUCAGAAAGAAACGAACGAUAUCGAAGGCUCGAUAAAAAGCUUUCAGACAGCUAUGUCAUUAGCAGAGACUCAAUCGCGCAAAAGCACUUUGGAAAAGUGCCUAGAUGUUUCAACGUCAGACGUGGCAACUUUGUAUCUGGAAUUAAUUUCUGCUUUUGGAAAAGUGAGACAGUUCAACGAGGCGAUGAACGUAAUACAAGAUGCAAAGGUAAAACUUGGAAACACGUCGGAAGAAGGUAGAAUAUUGAUAGGAAAUGCGGAGCUUUUCCUAGAAAUGGGGGAGUUGGAUGGUGCCAUUGACUGCUUGUCUAAAGUAACUCCGGAUCAACCUUAUUAUUUGCAAGCACACACACGUUUGGCCGAGAUAAAUUUGAAACACAAAAAGGAUCGUCUUGCUUUUGCUAUGUGUUUCAGAGAGUUGGUUGAACACUGUCCUGGUCCCAAGACAUACAGUAUGCUCGGCGACGCGUAUGUCUCAAUACAAGAGCCAGAGAGAGCGAUAGAAGCAUAUGAGCAAGCUCUGAAACAAAAUCCCGUGAACAAAGUGCACGUAGCAAGUAAGCUAGGAAAGGCACUUAUAAAAACGCAUCAGUACACAAAAGCCAUCAAUUAUUACAGAGAUUUGAUGAAACAAGACAACUUUAAAAGCUUAAAGUUGGAUUUCGCAAAGUUGUUCAUAAAAAUGAAGCAGUAUGAUAAAGCAGAAGUUACGUUGGUCCAAGAAUUGCAAGACGGUCGACGAGAUUCAGAUUUGAAGAGCUUUGAAGCGCGUAGUCAGCUUUUGCUGCUGCUCGCCAAAACUCGAGAAAAGGCAGACAAUAUUAACGGUGCUUUGUCAGCAUUGAAAGAAGCAAAGGAGAACCUGCACCGAUACAUCCAACGUAUGGGAAGUUCUAGCUUGGAAGAUGAGAAACAACUUUUGGCCAAUAUCUGUUUAACAAUGGCUGAUCAUUCCUCUUCUCUAAGAGAAUAUGAUCAAGCUAUCAUGUACUACAAAGAAGCAUUGAAUUACAGGCCUGCGAAUGUAAAUGCUCUGUUAUCUUUAGCAAAACUUUAUAUGCAGACAAACAAUUUGGAUCGAUGUGCCCAAAGUUGCACAGCUUUGUUGAACGCGGAUCCCAACAACGAAGCUGCUUCUAUAAUGAUGGCUGAUCUUGCAUUCAGAAAAGUCGACUUUGACACAGCAGCGUUUCAUUUUCGGCAGCUACUGUUGAAGCAGCCAACCUACUGGACCGCUUUAGCAAGAUUGAUAGAGGUUUCUCGUAGAACUGGGGAUAUGGACGACCUUCAGGAAUGGCUUCAUCGGGCAGAGCUAGGAAUGAGCGAUGCAAACUUAACGCCUGGCUAUUACUAUUGCGCGGGCUUGUUAGAUUGGCGUAUGGGUCGAUUAAAUUCUGCGCUCCGUCAGUUUAAUUUCGCGAGACGCGAUCCUGAAUGGGGUCAACAGGCGAUAUACAAUAUGAUUGAGAUUUGUUUGGACCCGGAUGACGACUCCUCCCUCUCGAAUGAGGUCUUCAACGACGACGAUGCCGAGUAUCAAGAUUCCAGAACGAUGGCUCUGAAAACAGCCUUUCGCUUGUUACAGGAAUUGAAUCCCAAAGGUAGUCAACACGAAAUGUUGACACACAGAUUGCUAAGCAAUUUCUUCCUGCUUGCUACAAAGCAAAAAUCCAACGUAGAGAAAGCAUUGCAGGAUUGCACCGUAUUAGCCAGUCAAGAGGCACUGAGAGAUCACGUAGGACCGGCCUUAGGCAUGGCUAUGGCCCACGUUCUUCUGAAGCAAACUCCUAGAGCUCGAAACCAUUUGAAACGUGUCAGUAAGAAUACAUGGACCUUCGAGGACGCGGAGUACCUGGAACGUUGCUGGUUGCUUUUAGCGGAUAUCUAUGUUCAAUCCAAUAAAUACGAAUUGGCAAACGAUCUUUUAAGACGUGUUUUGCAGCACAACGCCACUUGUGUUAGAGCUCACGAACUGUCUGGACACAUUGCAGAAAAGGAGCAAAAUUACCGCGAAGCUGCGUCGCAAUACAGCCAAGCGUGGAAGUAUGGUGGAAAGUCAAAAUUGUCUGUCGCUUAUAAAUUAGCUUAUUGCUCGAUGAAAGCGAAAGCAUACGCAGACGGGAUAGAAGCAUGUAACGAGGUCUUGAAACAGAGUCCCGAUUAUCCACGUAUCAAAAAGGAGAUUUUGGAAAAGUGUAUCAAUAACUUACGCACCUAAUAAAUAAUAAACAAUUAUACUGUAUUCGAUGACUGUAA